GUUUUGGUGGUUGACAGAGUAGGUGCAUGGUUCUCAACAUUUCCAAAUCUACAUAAAAUCGGUGUUUCCGAAGUUAUUGAUUACAGGAGGGGGCUUUUGCAUGCAAAUAAAGCACCGUGCAUGUAGUUGACGAACAACGACGGCUUUUUACCAUAGCUGGGCCGAGCUGUCGGGUGCUUGUAUUUCCGCCGGACUGUAAUCAGAGAGGGACUAGUGCCCAGGCAAUGGCACUGCGCAGGGCGCUGCUGCAGCUGCUGCUGGCGCCGGGAGGCGGCUCGUGCUCCAGGGCAACAUUCUGGAACCCGGCGGCAGUACGGCCGCCGGCAGCCACGAGCCCCGGGGCGCUCGGGCAGCGGGGGCGCCCGGGAGGCAAAGGCUGCAGCGAUGCACGGAGCACGGACACCAGUCGGAUGUAUAGCACAUCAAAAACAACUGUGGAACCUGGCGAAAUGAAGAAGUUUCAGGCCUUGUCUCAAAAAUGGUGGGAUAGAAAUGGAGAAUUUGCAGCUCUACAUGCUCUGAAUGAUCUUCGUGUUCCUUUUAUCCGAGAUACAUUGUUGAUGUGCAGUGAAAAAACACAUUUAGGAUAUCCCCUUCAUGGUUUCCGGAUUUUAGACGUUGGUUGUGGAGGAGGACUAUUAAGUGAGCCACUAGGUCGUCUUGGAGCAGUGGUUGUUGGAAUUGAUCCUUUGGAAGAUAAUAUCAGAACAGCAAAGCUGCACCAAUCGUUUGAUCCAGUACUGAAGGGGCAAGUAGAGUACACUGCCUGCACUCUGGAGGAAAUGGCAACGGAGGCAACAAGCAUGUUUGAUGCUGUUGUAGCUUCGGAAGUUGUAGAACAUAUUAAUGACCUAGGAACAUUUAUUAGAUGUGCUGCACAAGUGUUAAAGCCUGAAGGAUCACUCUUUAUAACAACAAUUAACAAGACGUUCCUGUCCUAUGCAAUGGCAAUCGUAGCGGCCGAGUAUGUAUUAAGAAUUGUACCAAGUGGGACGCAUGAAUGGGAAAAGUUCAUCAGCCCUGAAGAGUUGGAGAAAUUUCUAGCAUCCAGUGGAUUCACAGUAGAAGCUGUCAAUGGAAUGCUGUUUAAUCCCCUAUUUGGUUCCUGGAAUUGGAUUAGUAACUAUAGUGUAAAUUAUGCACUACAUGCAGUAAAAACCAAAGUACCAGAGCAAUCAGAUUUUGUCUCAGAAAGAAGUAACGGCAGAGGUAAUGGUUCCCACCAAUCAGAAUCCAGUGGAUGCUCCGCAGACAAAUUAUAGAAGGAACCAUUUAAUUCAAUUGCCCCUCAGAAAUGCUGCUGUGCUAAUAUAUGUUUCAUGACCAUCUACAUCAAGCAUUAGAAACCUUUUCAAUGCAGUAUAAAGAUAUUUUACAUGAAUUAAAAAAAACACAAUUUUUAAAUGUAGCCUAUAGGUGUAAAACUUUAAAACUUUACUUAUACAGCACGGUAACAGGCCUUUCUGGCCCAACGAGCCCAUGUCGCCCAAUUACACCCCUGUUAACUUACUAUCCUGUACGUCUUUGGAAUGUGGGAGGAAACUGGAGCACCCAGAGAAAACCCAUGCAGUCACGGGGAGAACGUACAAACUCCUUACAGACAGCAGUGGGAAUUGAACCCUGUUCGCUGGCGCUGUAAUAGCAUUACACUAACCGCUAUGCUACCGUACAGACUAAUGUUAUCAGUGACUAAAGUAUACUAUACAAAUUCUUUUUGAAAUCUAAUCUUCCAUUAUGGCUUUUGAUAUGCUUUGUUUCAAACCAUUUAUUUGAAAUCUAAAUGGUAACUACAGACUUGUCUCAUUCUGUCAUUUCCUCAGUCAUUCUGGUCUUUAUCAAAGUCCUUCUCUCAUACUCUUCCUUCCAUUUCAAUGGUUAUUCCUAGAACUGUUCUGAUUAGAAAGAAACUAUGUUUGUACAUCAACUUUAUCAGUAGUGAUAUCAAGGUUACAGGAUUUUGUUCACCUGGGAUUAUUUUAACAUUAAACAACCAGCUGUGAUCUGU